AUGUCAUCGCUUGAAGAACAAUCGUUAAAGAGAAAGAAUAGGCUUCAGCAGCUAAGGAACAGAAAAAAACAAACGACAUCAUCAUCGUCACCAAUAGCAGAAGACCAAACAUCGUCAAUAAUAGCACAAGCCCCAGAAUUAACUGGAAUCCCCAAAGAUGAGAAUGACCAAGAUGACGUACAACAACAACUUCCAACUACUGAAAAUAAACCAAAGAAACCCAUUGUUUCGCGAAACCUUGAUCCAGAAACCAAGCUUCCAGUAAACGCUUUUACUUCACAAGUAUUGGCCAUGGAACUCGACACCGGAGAAACGGUAGAGUUGAUUUCUGGGAACCAAGAAAACCAGAUAUUAAAUGAUUUAUCUAGAAGGUAUCGAUUAGAUCAAGAUGAUGAGGAAAGUGAUGGAGAACAACAAGCGGUUUCCACAAAGAUCAAAGUGACCAGCGAUUUUGAAAAAGAUUUGAAGGAUUAUAAAAUAAAAUUGGAGCUUCAGACUAAUAAAAUGAUACGAACGUUGCUCAAGGAACGAUUACAAGCAGAAAAAAAUUAA